GCUAUAGCAAAAUGGGCAAAUUCAGAUUAUGACUCCGGUAUAAAGGCUGUACUUUUGUAUUUAUCUUUUCAGUAAAUCCACAGCGUUUACCGUGCUCAACAACCCCCGCCUUUACCAAAGGGGUUGAUUUGUCUUUGUCAGUAUGCAGUGGCUAUCACUUCUGGUGGUCGGGUGCUUCUUAGCCGUACCGUCUCACUCUAGUCCUGUUAGUCUCUCGCGAACCAAAAGGUCCCACCACGAACCCGAAGGAUACUGGAGCAAAAAGCUAGUCUGGAAAACCGAGUGGGUGAAAGUCUGGAAAACCGAGAAAAAACUAGUAUGGAAACCUGAUUGGAAAAAGAUCCAGGUGCCAGCUUGGAAGGAGAUACAAGUACCUAUUUGGAAAGAGAUCCAAGUUCCAGAUUGGAAGACAAUCAACAAACCCAUAUGGGUGGAGAAACAAGUCCCAGCGUGGAAAGAAAUUCAGGUACCCGAUUGGGUAGAAAAACAAGUGCCAGCUUGGAAAGAAAUUCAAGUUCCCGACUGGAAGGAAAUUCAAGUUCCGGACUGGAAAGAAAUCCAAGUGCCUGAUUGGAAAGAAAUUCAAGUUCCAGCCUGGAAACAAAUUUGGAAACCCAUAUGGGUAGAACACAAAGUAGCCGCCUGGAAAGAAAUUCAAGUACCUGAUUGGAAAAAGGAAUUCGUACCUGAGUGGGUGAAAGAAGGUAUUCACGGAGAGCACUAUUUGGGUAAAGACGAGCAUGGCGCAGAAUAUACUGCUCAUGAUCUUUGGAAGAAAAAACUCAUCUGGAAACCUGUUUGGAAGAAAAUAUGGAGAACAGAGAAAAAACAAAUCUGGGUACCACAGAAGAAAAUGGAAUGGAAAUCAGAAUGGGUAAAAAUAUGGAAAACAGAGAAGAAACAAAUCUGGAGAACAGAAAAGAAGCAAAUCUGGCGAACAGAAAAGAAACAAAUUUGGAGAACGGAGAAGAAACAAAUCUGGGUUCCGCAUAAAGUUCAAAUCUGGAGAACAGAGAAGAAGCAAAUAUGGGUACCUAAAAAAGAGUUGAUAUGGAAACAAGAAAAAGUUCAAAUCUGGCGCACAGAAAAAGUACAAAAAUGGGUAACAGAAAAGAAACAAAUUUGGGUAGACCAAUGGAAGAAAAUCUGGGUACCAGUAUGGAAGAGCAGAGAAGUCCCAGCGUGGAAAAAAGUGUCAGUACCAAUUUGGGAAAAAGUUUGGGUAAAAGUCCAUAAACACCAUGGAUGGGACUGAUUUAGAUAUUUCAUUGUUCCCUAAUUUCUUGUAUAUAUUUGCUCCUUUUCUGUCAUUUAGCUUUAGGUAAUUGUGUAUAUAUACGUAAUGACAGUGAUGACUGAGAAUCAACAAUUUAAAAAAAUAAAUAUGCAAAUGCUUACCUGGCAUGAAGUAAUUUCUCAUGUCUAGAAAUACAUUUUUUUAAUUCUUCCCAUUAUUUGAUCUCUCAAUUUGUUUUUCGGCUCAGUUUCAAUCAGAGUGUGAUGAUUUUGUGCACAUAAAAUUUACAAACAAAUUAAAGUGAGUUUUCUUCAUUUAGAAUAAAAUUUAAGUAUUGUAUAAUUGUUAUUUUUGUUAAAUGUGUACAAUAAAUACUUUUUUUUUUAAUUA